AUGGCUGUGGAUUCAGAAGAUGUCACGCUCCCCAAAGCAACUGUACAGAAGAUCAUCUCUGAAGUGUUAGACUCGGAUCUAACCUUUGGUAAGGAGGGAAGAGAGAUUAUCAUCCAAUCAGGUGUCGAGUUUAUAAUGAUUCUGUCUGCAAUGGCCUCGGAAAUGGCUGAGAAUGAAGCCAAGAAGACGAUUGCGCCAGAACACGUAUUGAAAGCUCUAGAAGAAUUGGAAUUUAAUGAAUUUAUACCUUUUCUACAGGAGAUUCUAGUGGAAUUUAAAGGAUCUCAACGUGUCAAGGAGAAGAGAGACUCCAAAUUCAAGAAAUCAGGAUUAUCUGAAGAAGAAUUACUUCGACAACAGGAGGAGUUAUUCAGACAAUCGAGGUCAAGGUUGCAUCAGAAUAGUGUCAGCGGUGCCUCCUGUGAUGAUGAGACUAACGCAACUUCUAACGAAAUUAAAAAGGAGGAAUGA